GCCAUCUUGCCCUGACCAGAACACGGUAGUUUCCCAUAAGCAGACACUGCUGUUCUAUGGAAGUACAGGGUCUGGCAUCCAGUGUUUCCGGAGGGAAGAGACUGGUAGAGUUUGCACGACAGGUGGCGGGGCUCUUCCCAAUGUGUGCCAGACAGGCCAAAAGGAAAUGAGACCACCAGGCACUCUCACAGGGGCGAACUUGAGAGGCAGAAUGUGGGCCUUUGGCCUAGGUGCAGUUUUGCCUGCCUGGCCCACCAAGGGACUGUGAGCUCUGACAGCCUUCUCCACACUGAGGCUCCCAUUACAAGUACACACAAGGUCAGAUGUGAGGCUAAGGCACGACUGCUGAGAAUUCGAUGUCAGCUGUGUGGCUUUAGUGUGAGGCCCUUUCUCAAAAUAAAACAAAACAAAACACCCCCAAAGAAAAUAAACUAGACCAGACCCCGAAUGAUUGUCACACUCACCACCUCCCCCACCUUGCGCUAACAACACAACCUUGCGCCUUUAAAUCCUGAGUGUGCCUGUGGUUUCCGCCCCCGACGUCGCGGCCGUGCCUGGCGAUCAUUGGCUGAGCUGCUCAGUUUUGAGCACGUGUGCGCAGGAGUUGUGCGCUCGGAUUGGAGCAAAGGCCUGCUUAUCCAGCGUGCCUUUCGGGUCACUUGCCGCCCCGGGCCUCGGCGUUCGGUUCCCGGGGUUUGGACGUUCCAUUCCUAGGCGAGUCCUGGGCCUCCAGGGUCCCACUCGCCGCGUCCUUGGGUCCAUGCGCUGACGCUCGGACGCAGGUGACCAUGGCAGAGUUCUCCCAGAAGCAGAGGAAACAGCAUGGCAGCGAGGGCCUGGGCAGUGUGGUGGACUUCCUCUUGGCUAAUGCUCGUUUGGUGCUAGGUGUGGGCGGGGCCGCGGUGCUGGGCAUUGCCACCCUAGCUGUAAAGCGGCUCAUCGACAGGGCCACUAGCCCUCGGGAUGAGGAUGACACCAAGGGGGACAGCUGGAAGGAACUGAGUCUGCUGAGAGCCACAUCACACCAAAAGCCCCAACCCCCACCUGCUGCCUUCAGCCUGCCCGCAGCUCCUGGGUCCCCCUCCCCCGCUGCCCCAGCGGAGCCCACACCCACUCAUCCUCAGCCGACACCUACGCUCAGCUCUGUAGCACCCUUGUGCCUGACUUUCCAAGAAAAGCUACUGGCCUUCGAGCGCACCCACGUGAUUAGCCUGGAGGCCCACGUGACUUUGGUCAAACAGCUGGCUGGAGACAUUGCCUUGGAGCUGCAGGCCUACUUGAGGUGCAAGUUUCCAGAAUUGCCCUUUGGUGCCCUUGUGCCGGGUGGGCCGCUCUACGAAGGGCUACAGGCGGGGACUGCCGAGCACGUGCGUCUGUUGGCACCUCUGGAGUUGGAGCCAGGGCUGUGGAGCCUGGUACCUGGCAUGGACACUGUGGCCAGGGAACCUCGAUGCUGGGCCGUACGCAGGACCCAGCUUGAGUUCCAUCCCCGCGGGUGCAGCCCAUGGGACCGCUUCCUGGUGGGGGGCUACCUUUCCUCCCGUGCCUUGCUGGAGCUGCUACGGAAGGCCCUGUCAGCCUCUGUCAACUGGCCCGCCAUUGGCAGCCUGCUUGGGUGUCUGAUCUGGCCCAAUGUGGCUUCGGAGGAGCUGUUGCUCAACGUGCAACAUGAGUGCUUGGAGUUCACUUUAGCUGUGCUCAUGGUGGUCCCUGGGGCCAGCACUGAUGGCCGCCUUCUGCUGGCCUGGCCCCUUGAGGGGCUGGCUAGCAAUCUCUGGCUUCAGGAUCUGUAUCCGGUAGAGACUGCCCAUUUGCGGGCUCUGGAUGACCAGGAUGCUGGUACUCGGCGGAGGUUGUUGCUGCUGCUGUGUGGUGUGUGUCGUGGCCAUCCGGCUCUGAUGAGGCUUGGCCGGAGCCACCUGACGCAGGUGGUUCUGCAUCUGGGUGAAGAGGAAGUGGCCUGGACUGAAGAGGCCUUGGGGGAACGGUUUCUGCAAGCUCUGGAGUUUCUGGUGGGCAGCUUGGAGCAGGCUAGCCUGCCCUGUCACUUCAACCCCAGUGUGAACCUCUUGGGUAGCUUUCGGGAGGAGGAGAUCGAUGACAUUGGCUACGCGCUGUACAGUGGUCUCCAGGUUCCCGAGAGCCUAUUCUAGGUGAAGGAGGACUGUGGUUGACAUGUUUUCUGAUGCUGGAGAGCCAACCACCUCCCUCCAGGACACUGCAGUGUGGUUUGCUUUAUUUUAGCCAAAGUGGAGGAGGAGUGACAUGACCAAAGCCCACACGUGGGCGCGUGUCUGGGUCAUGUGAUCAGGAGGCCUGAACCCAGAGUCUGGGUUGCUGACAUCUGAGUGUGACUGGCCUGCCCUGGCUGAUGCCCCUGAGCCCUCUGGGAUUCGUUUAGGAACUGGGCUCAGGCUACCAUCAACAGCAAUGAACUCACCAAGAAUGAAAUGUGGUUCUUGAUUUCCUAGGCUUCACCUAGGCAAAGGUCGGUUCCAACAUUUUGUCAAAAAAGGAAAAUGUUCUUGGGUGGGUAACAGGCCCAGGUAUCCUGGAGGCACUCAGAGGGAGUCAGCUGGGGGACUGCUUCUAGGUCUUGAAGGAUAGUGGUUUUUUUAAUGGUGGUGUGUUUGUUUCUCUGAUUGAGUCCUCAGGCCUUGAGUCUGAAGUUGACUCCCUCGCUGCCUGCCUGCCUUACACCCCAGGGAAGGAAGAUCUUGUUCUCUCCUGUUUGUUUUCUCGAUAGGCCACAAAUUACCUCUGGGAGAAUCCUUCCUUCCUCACUGGGGAGCUGAGCUCUGUGCUGCCUAUGCAAGGCAAUCCCAUAAUGGCUGUGCCUAGACCUCACCACAGGGUAGAGGACACACCCCUCCCAGGGGCCUGUGAGCAGACCUGGCUUCUGCAGCGUGCCAAAAUAUUCACGAUAGAUAUGUGUCCUCACCUUGCACCCUGGUCAAGGUGGCAUGGCUGGAGGAGGGAGACUCUUCUGCAAGGGGGGCUUUCUGUUUUAGGUACCACCCCCUUAAACACACACUGAGACAAAGCCAUGCCUUGAAGAUGCAAAUAAAAGGAGAAAGAACUGUC